AUGCUGCUGCUGUUGCUGCUGCUGCUCUGGGGGAUGAAGGAGGUAGAGGGUGGGCCUAAGGCCCCAAAGGGUUACAGCCUGGAUGUGGAAAAGACCGUGGUGGUGCAAGAGGGCCUGUGUAUCCAGGUACCCUGUAAGUUCACCUACCGCAAAGAGGAAUGGACUGACUCAGACCCAGUUCAUGGAUACUGGUUUCUGGAGGGAGCCAGUACAGAUCAGGAUCCUCCAGUGGCCACAAAUAACCCAGGGCGGCCAGCACUGAAUACGACCCAGGACCGAUUCUUCCUGUUCGGAGAACCACGGAAGAACAGCUGUUCCCUGUACAUCAGAGAGACCAGCAAGGACGACGCGAGGUCAUACUUCUUUCGCCUGGAGAGAGGAAAAGCGAGGUUUAAUUAUAAGCAGAACAUGAUGACUCUGCAAGUGACAGACCUCACUAACACCCCUGACAUCUUUAUCCCGGAGACCCUGGAGGCUGGCCGUCCCAGCCAACUGACCUGCUCUGCGCCUUGGGCCUGUGGGUCCCCCGCCUUCUCCUGGACCGGUUCCUCUGUGUCACUCUUGAGCACCAACACCACUGGUUCCUCAGUUCUGACUGUCACCCCUCAGCCCCAGGACCUUGGCACCAACCUCACUUGUCAGGUGACCCUGCCUGGAGCUGGUGUGACCACAAGAACGACCAUCCGUCUCAACGUGUCAUAUGCUCCAAGGAAUCUAACCCUGAUAGUCUACAAAGGAGUUGGUUCAGCACCCACAGCCCUGAGGAACGGCUCCACACUGACUUUGCUGGAAGGACAGACCCUUCAUAUAGCCUGUACUGUUGACAGUAACCCUCCUGCCAGGCUGAACUGGGUCCAUGAAAACAUCAUUCUGAGUCCCAUACAGCCCUCGACUCCUGGGUUGUUAGAACUGUCCCCAGAGCACCUGAGAUAUGAAGGGAAAUUCACCUGCACCGCACAGAACGUUCUCGGAUAUCAGCACACGUCUCUGUUUUUAAAGCGUGAGUGUCAAGGGACUGCUAAUGUGACCCCUGCCUUCAGGAGGAGAUGA